ACAAGCGUGCGAAGCUGCGCUCAUUCCUCCUUAUCGUGGGCUUGAAGACACGCACCCUAUGUAAGGUGGAAGUAACUUUUAUCCUCCGGAGAAGAGUUAGAAACCACCCGUUAUAUACAUCUGGUCAGAAGUGUCACGGCAAACGAUAACCAUGUCGGCCUCAUCGGCGAAAGUCAGUAGGAAGGAGAACUCAAAUCAUGACGGAGCGGACGAGACCUCUGAAAAAGAGCAACAGGAAGCAAUCGAACACAUUGAUGAAGUACAGAAUGAAAUUGACAGACUGAACGAACAGGCCAGCGAAGAAAUUUUAAAAGUAGAGCAGAAGUACAACAAAUUACGCCAGCCAUUCUUCCAGAAGCGAUCAGAACUCAUAGCCAAAAUCCCCAACUUCUGGGUCACAACAUUCGUCAACCAUCCACAAGUUUCAGCUCUUCUGGGAGAGGAGGACGAGGAAGCACUUCAUUACUUGUCGAGGGUGGAGGUCACCGAGUUCGAGGAUAUCAAGUCCGGAUAUAGAAUAGAUUUUUACUUUGACGAGAAUCCGUACUUUGAGAACAAAGCCCUCUCCAAAGAGUUCAACGUCAACGAGAGUGGUGAUCCUGUUUCCAAAUCAACUGAAAUCAAAUGGAAAGCUGGAAAGGACCUGACGAAGCGUACGGGCCAGACGCCAAACAAAGCUGGGAAGAAAAGGCAGCAUGAGGAGCCAGAGAGCUUCUUUACCUGGUUUACCGACCACUCGGACGCAGGCGCAGACGAACUGGGAGAAGUGAUCAAGGACGACAUCUGGCCCAACCCGCUGCAGUACUACUUGGUCCCCGACAUGGAGGAUGAGGAAGGCGAUGCCGAUGAUGAUGACGAUGAAGAGGAGGGUCUUGAAGAUAUCGAUGAGGGGGAGGAAGAGGAAGGUGAAGAUGAGGACGAGGAUGGAGAUGGAGAAGAUGGAGAGGAUGAUGGUGACGAUGAUUAAACAUUUCAGCCAACACCUUUUCUGGUCCCUCCCUCUGUGAUCAUCCUACAACCCACGGGAGCAAAAUAUUUUGUUUUUGGUUUUUUUUGGGGGGGGUGGGGGGUUUGUAAAAAAAAAAAAAAAAAAUCCUGUGUGUCGUUAGCGUGUCCGUCCCCUUCCUCUGCAGCCACGACCUGUCCAUAACGCCAUGUCUAAAGACCAGCUCCAUACACAGCAGGUCUACAUUGGGUGCGGGGGGCUGGUGGGGUGUCGCUUUCUUGAAGUCUCACCUGUCAUUGUUUCUCUACAUCUCCCAAAGACAUGCAAAAGAAUAAAAAAAAAUUUGUAGCAUUCUGCACGUCAUCCUACGUAGAUUUAAAAUACGUACAAUAGCAAUUUCUAUGUAAAAUAUUUCUGUUGAAGUUGUGAGUUCAAUAAUAAGCCAUGGUGCAGUGAUAACUUAAUCAUAGCAUCCUUAGCCACUUUUAUAUAUAUAAAUGUACAUUAUAAUAUAUCCAGUGGUGGGGGUACUAAGGCUUAUUAGAAGUUGCAUUUUCCUUUGUGACUUAUUGUACUAAUGGAACUGAUCGAAAGCACCAGCUCGUUCCUUUCAACCAUUGUAAAUGUUUUUGGGAUAUACAUGUAUGUUGGUUGGUAAGACGGUCGUUAAUUGUACACAGUUUAAUGGGGAGGUGUGGUGGGGGCAGCGGGGCUUUGACACCAACUCUGUUAAAGAAGUUUUCAUUAUCUUGUUUUUUCAGGCACCCACAACAAAAGUUUGAAAUGUACAUUUUUUUAUAAAACAAAAACAACCUAAAAAUCUAAUUUUGAGCUUGGCUUAACAUUUUGAGAUGGGAGAGAGAAAGAUUUCUGUAGAGUCCUCUGUGGAGUCUGCAGCGGUUUCUCCUGUUCCGCUGGAAUCCUGUUCACAUUAAAUUAAGUGUACCAGUUGCUUUGUUACAAUAAAUGUAUACAUGAUG